GUUGCUUGGGUGACGGGCGGUGGAUCCGGGAUUGUGAGUGGUCGAAUGUGGAAUUUCCACUGAUACUGAGUUGACAAAAAUUGUGUAUUCCGAGUAUUUAUGUUCCAAAUUUAACAUUGUUUGAAUCAGUUACCAGCAAAUGAGUCGGUAUGACAGCGUCGUCGCGUGUGUAAUGUCUUUUAUUUCAUUGCGAGUCACAAGAAUUAGGCAGAAAUGAAGGCUCUGAGUGAAAUAAUUGUCAUCUGUGUUGUCGUUCAGUACUUAUUCGAUGUCUGCACACCUCAUUUGUUGAUAAAUGUUAGAAACCAGGGUGGAGAUAUUCUUCUGGAGACAAUAUCAUCAAACGUCACCGACGACACAAUAAGCCUCGAAUUUCAACGUUCUGAUGGAACUUUGGUCACCCAGCUUAUAGAUUUCAGAAAUGAAGUGCAGGUGAUAAAAGCACUUGUCCUUGGAGAGGAAGAGCGUGGACAAAAUCAGUACCAAGUGAUGUGUUUUGUAAAUCACUUUUAUAAAAUGGAUUUUAUAUCCUCUGACGCAAUGUCCAAGCUCAGACAAAAAAACCCUGGUACAAUUCGCAUUGCCGAAGAAGAUAGGGGUCAUAGCAAUUACACAAUGGAUUUAUUCCUUGAUGUAUCUAGAUCUAAUGUAAUUUCAAAACAUGUUGCUGCACUGUGUGGUGAAGCUGCAGACACUACCUACACAAGAAAUGAUGACUUGAAGCAAUGGGUGCAGAGGCCUGGUUCUUCAGAAACCGCCCUUAUGGCAGCAGCGCGUAACUUCACGCUUGUGCCAGCGGCAGAUCGGGGGACAAAUGAGACGAAGCAUGUCUCAUUAUCAAAAUGCGCGGAUACAUCAAACCUUUGGGCUCCAUGCACCUGCUCUUUAGAACUUUGUAUUGGUUGGUAUCCAUGCGGACUCAAGUUCUGCAAGGGCAAAGGUGAUGGUAAAAAAGUAGUAAGCUCUUACAGAUGUGGUAUCAAAACGUGCAAAAAGUGUUUCAUAUUUUCUUACUACUCGCAAGUAAAACAGAAUUGCUUGUGGGACGAAUGACACUUGCGAACGUAAUAGGUUUAAAUUCUACAGAGAAACGUAGAUUACAAUUGAGGCUUCAUUCACACCAAACAAAGUCUGAUCAAAACUGCCUUUGUAGGGAUAGGUAUCUUAUCUCCAAGAUAGGAAAAUCAUUGGCAAUUAAUCAAUACGUUAGGUUCUUAAUACUGCAAGAAGACCGAUCAUUGAAUUUAAUUGGGGAUGAGAUUAUGUAGCCUUUAGUGGUUGGGCAGUAAUUUUCUUUGCCAUUUGAAAUUCCUAAAAAAUUUUUGGUGUGAAUUCAGCAUAAAAAAAUGACAAAAAGAAUGCUGAGUAUUUGCCAAAGAGCGGUACUAAUCUUCCAUGUGGCCAUAUAUCGAAUUUUAACGAGAAAUCACGAAUCUAAAAUGUCUUUCACAUGGCAGUAUCCCAAGGAUCUAAUGAGAACACCAUAUCACGUGACUGUAGGAUAUUACUUGGCACUACCUAUACAUGGCGCCUCUCUAAUCUGUCCAAAAUCUUUGAUAAUAUUCAGCAAUAUUUAGUUGGUAAUUAGUAGUUCGUAAAUAAAAUUGCGCUCAAGUUUGAGGCUUAAAUUUAUCAUACAUGAAUAUCACAGUAAAAGGGAUACUUCAUUUAUUGUUGAAUUUCUUGAAUAAUAUAAUAUCCCUGAAAUUAUAGAAUGGGUGCUGUUGGAUUACUUGACAAAGAUUUUAAGAAAUUUUUUUUUUCUUUGAGCUAAUUCAUGAUUAGGUAUAAACUCACAUGAAAUGUUGAGUUGAUACGUAUAUUGCACUGAUCAGAUGCAAUGGUUCUCUUAGUCGUUCGAAUGGAUUGAUCAACAAUUCGUCGAUAAAAAUUUUGCAUGAGUUGUUGUCCAGGUCCUUGUGGUCUAUGUGAAGAAAAAUAUGACAGACCAGUAUGCUUGUUAACAAAACAUUCCAAAUCAUCAUAAAAUUCAAGUGAUUGUUACUUCUUUCUUAUACAUUCUAUUUUGGCGCAGAAUUGUGGUAUAUCUUCCCCCACGGUGACACUAACAUUUAAAAGUUUUACUCACCUACUUUCAUGAACAAUGAGUGGUAUUUUGACCGUAUAAAACAUUUUUUCGCGUAUUCCAGAGUAUUUGAUUAUAAAGCUUGACCCUUAUCUAUUAUAUUGUAAUUUGAAUGACAGCUCUCUAAAAAUAUUGUCAUUUUCAAACUCAUUUAUUGACGUCCAGUUUAUGGUCCAAUUGUAGUCUCUCUUUUGCCUCUCUAUUCAACAUUCCGAUUUAAUAUUCUGUUUUCUGUAUUUUUAAGUCAUUCCAAUUUUUUGUCAAUUCUUAAUCCUAAUGUAAGUAAUAAUUAUUUUACGAUACCGGCAUGGUUAUCAAUCCAUUCAAAUGAUAAUUAAGAUAAUUCUCAUACCACCAUGAGCAAUUGACUUUUAUACACAACAAAGCUGCCAUAUUUAAAUAUUUAUAGUCGUGCAUUACGAUCAAAAUGAAUAAUUCUAUUACUUAGUGUUAAGAUGAGGUUGAAUCUGGACAACUGUUUUGAUCACCUUUCGUAUUAAAUAUAUUUUUACCAAGUACAGUAUAGCUUUUCACUCAUGUUAACUUUAAGGAAGGUAUAGUUGCACUCGCAAUUGCUAAUGUGCUUUUAGGCCACUAAUUCGGCACUGACUCAACUUAUUUUAUGGCAAACCUUGAACUGAAUUCUGAAAAUUUAUCAAAGUAUUCGAAUGAGAAAUACUCUACGAGCGCAGCAUCUAUAGCUACUGCUUCAUCCGGUAUCUAACGUUGUUUAUUUAUGCUGAACUUGAUUAACGUGAGAUCAAAAUGAAUGCAACUGAUCGUAAAAACCAAUACAGUAUCGCAGACGCAGAUUAUCAUCAUAGGUAAAAAUAGAGAUAGCAAUAAUACAUACUUGUAUAUAUGUAAUAGAUGAGCUAAAUAAAUUUUACACAAUGUUGAUAUUUAACUCCAUUAAUUGUACUCAUUGUAAUACGUGUACUAUUUUAAUUUAAUCGAUAGGUAUAACUUCGAUUUAGAGAAGUUCUCUGUACAUAGCAUGCGACAAAGUGAAAUUUUUCACUGGCAUAAAUUUAUGUCACAAUACAAACACUGCUGAUUUUAUGUUUUUACAAUUGCGAACAAAUUUUUUGGUACAAUAUUAAAUUACAUAAAAUUAUUUAUUGUGAGAUCAAAUCACCAUGAGUUAUGCUUUGCAUAUAAUGAUGUAAUUAUAUACAUAUUUUUAUAUACACACAUAUAUAUUUAAUAAAAAGAAUAACCGGAA